AUGGAACACGCCUUUAUUCUAGCAUCUGAGGCACUGAAAGCUGGUGAAGUGCCAAUUGGAUGCGUAUUUGUCUACAAAGGCACAGUGAUUGCCGAAGGGAGAAAUGAGGUUAAUUCCUUCAAGAAUGCUUCGAACCAUGCAGAAAUUGUUGCUAUUCGAAAAUUGGAGCGCUGGUGUUUGACUAAUAAUCUUAAAUUGGAUCAAAUCUUGAGCGAAUGCGAUGUUUACGUGACUGUGGAACCAUGUAUAAUGUGUGCAGCUGCUCUUCGUUUCGUGUUACCGAGGCAACCCAGAAGUAUCGUAUUUGGUGCCAAAAACGAGCGAUUUGGCGGGUGCGGCUCUGUUGCGGACAUUGACCGAUGCCCUGCAGGACCAAACUCAGCUCUGUCCUGUACAGCUGGAGUGGAAGAAGCUCGCGCCGUUAGUAUGCUCAAACAGUUUUAUACCCAAGAAAAUCCCAACGCCCCAGCGGAAGUCCGAAACAUUAAACGCCCGGUGCUUGAAAAAGUUCAAUACAUUUAA